CUCCCGGUCCCACCCACACACACCGACAGAGAGAGGACCCAACAUGGCUGAAGAAGAAGGAAGCGAGGUAACUUCUGGUGGUCUUUUCCAGGAGAUCUUCACCUCCCCGCUGAACCUGACGCUGCUCAGCCUUUGUCUGUUCCUCCUCUACAAGAUCUUCCGCGGGGACAAACCUCCGGAUCUCGGCGAGGUGGAGCCGCCGCUGCCCAAACUCAAAAAGAGAGAUUUCACCCUCGCUGAGUUGAAGCCCUACGAUGGGCUCCAGGACCCGAGGAUCCUCAUGGCUGUCAACGGGAAAGUGUUCGACGUCACACGGGGGAAGAAGUUCUACGGCCCAGAGGGUCCAUAUGGAGUGUUUGCAGGCAAAGAUGCUUCUAGAGGUUUGGCUACGUUCUGCCUGGAGAAAGAGGCGCUGAAAGACGAGCACGACGACCUGUCGGACCUGAACACCAUGCAGCAGGAAGGCCUGUCCGAGUGGGAGACGCAGUUCACCUUUAAGUAUGAUUACAUUGGUAAGCUGCUGAAACCAGGCGAGGAGCCCGCAGAGUACACAGACGACGAGGAGGUAAAAGACAAGAAGACGGACUAGAGAAUGAAAAGUGAACGCGACGGGGAAAAUGAUUGAUGCCUUAAUGUUUGUAAUUCUGACGCCUGUUGCCUCCUAUUAGGGCCAGUCUUCUAUAUGUACUCUAAUACUUUUGGACACUAUCCUGCAUUUUAUAUGCUGAGUGACUGAAUUCCAUUUAUCUCUUGGCAUCAACAUUUAAAAGAUACUGCAUUGUGACUAGUUGUUUAUCUCUUUAAAACGGAUCCUUGUGUUGUUUUGGAGAAUCAAGAACGUGGACCAAUGACGGUUAAAUGUCCUGUAGGUUGUCUGAAGGAGGAGAACAUCCACAGCUCUGUCGUACACUUUAUUAAAGGGUCAUUUGGGUAUUUUUAGUCUUAGUUACUAAUUGGGACAACCAUUUUUGAAACUGGUCUUGUAUUAAGCGAUAGCGCUGCAGCCACAACUGCGAAACAGCUCGGUAGAUCGAUCAAAGUCAACUAAAAGCGACUGUAUUUGCCACUGACACUCUCAUCGUUUUAUUCAAGUUCAAGCUAACAUUGUGUAAAGAAACCUACACAGGAAUACAACUUUUUUCUUAUUGUUUUGUUUGAUCUGAAAGUUGGAAAGUGCCGGGAAGAGUUGGUGUUGUUGGAGUACAGAAAGCCUAGUGGCAUUUAGAAUAUCAAGGCUGAAUAUUAAGCUGAUUCCAACAAUGGUUUCCAGCCCUCUGACUCAAUGCUGGACCAUUUACAAAAAUGUUGCCCCUUUUCACCUUUAGACACAAACAUAUGAGAAAAUACCAAAGUUACCCUUAGAUAUCGCUGCUGAUGUAUUGCAGGUUGUACACAUUCCUUUCAUCAAGGUUUCAGCUCGGAUCACAUUGAAGUUAAUUGUCUCAGGAAGUAUUCUCCUUUCAAAUUGACUACACAUAUAUUGAGGGUCUGGAGCCAGGGUGUGUAAAAAUACAUUUCAAUUUAUAAGAUAAUCUUUGAUUCCCACCAAAAGAUAGUUUGGUUUCCCUGAAAAUAGAUCAGACGCUAUUGGGUUGGAAAUGACUCAUUUGAAAUUAAAGUUUAUCUGUAAAGUGUUUUUGUUUUUUGGAGAACAACGCCCAGGCUGAGGGAAAACAGGAAUUUUCUUAUAAACAAAUACUUAAGAAGUCCUCCCAAAAAUACUGCUUGUUAUACUGUACCAACAACAUUUACUGUACGAACGGUUAUAUAAGGUGAACGGGCCCUGAUCUUUAAACAAUGAGGGCAAUGACGUCCAGAUGUAUUGAAAACCUAUCGAGUGAAUCUGCUAAUCUCAAUUCACCGGUCCCGUAAUACGUUUAUCAGAUUGUAUUUCUUUUUUUCUGUUGAGACCCUUUUCUUUAAUUAAUCUUGAGAUAUUUUUGCAACUCAAAAAGACAAUCCAUGUUGUUUUCUGCAUCGCCCAACAUCCUAAAUGUAACAUCAAUUAACCAUUAAGCAAAACUAUUAAAAUAUUCUCUGGUCUCAGUUAUUACAAUUUGCUGCUUUUCUUUGCUUCACACAACAAUGUGAAUUUUGGACCGUAGAGCGGGUUUAAAAAAAGUAACGUGCAAUGUUUGUAAAGAAAUACUUGAUGGUAAACGUGAAGCUCUCAUUUACAUGAAGUAGUGUUCUGUUGAGCAUUACAUGCUGCAGGAGAAAAGUUCAGAGCACAGAGAAAUGGAUCGUAAAAAACACUAAAAAGGCCAGUUAAGAUUCUCAAAAACACUAGCAAACAAUCGAAUGUUUUAGGUAAUAGUUUACAUGCUUCUUUGACACUAGUCAGAGCAUUUUUUAAGCAAUAUUUCACAGUCCGAGUUCGUAGGCUGUAAAAGAUACAACACAAGAAACUUGUUUUCGUCCGUUAAAUGAUGCUUCUGCUUUGUUUGCAAGGAAAUAUUGAUGAAUCCUGAAGUUAUAUUGAAUAUUUUAAUUGGUGUGUUAAAUCAUCAAUUUUUAUUUUGUCACCAUUGCCCCUGUCAAAGUGGAAAGAAUGGCCACUUUCCAUAAAAACAGAGUCAGUGAUGGAAUAUGUUCAGUAUGCAUGAUGUACAUAAAAUAAAUGUCAUAAUCCUGAAAAAUGAUAUUUUGACUUAAUAAAUAAAAUUACAAAAUUAA